AUGGAAAUAUAUGGAUUAUUCAUGGAUUAUUCUACUAAUAUUACUUAUUUAUUUUUGGAAGGGCAUGUGGAGUUGGAGAAAUAUAGAUACUUCUACUUUGUAAUUACUUUCACAGUUUACACACUGAUACUUUGCUGUAAUGCUGUUGUCAUUUCUGUCAUUUACACAAACAAACCUCUCCAUGAGCCGAUGUACAUAUUCAUUGCUGCUUUACUUUGCAAUUCUCUCUUUGGAACAGCUGCCUUUUAUCCAAAAGUACUGAGUGAUUUUUUGUCUGAAAAACAAAUUAUCUCUCAUGGAGCCUGUCUGUUUCAGGCCUUUUGUCUUUAUACAUAUGCUGCAGCAGAGUUUGCACUGUUAUCAGCUAUGGCCUAUGACAGAUAUGUGUCCAUAUGUAAACCAUUACAAUAUGCAACUCUUGUGAAAAUGUCCACUGUUAAAAAGAUCUUAUUUUUCUGUUGGUUUGUGCCUUCCUGUGAAAUUGGCAUAUCAAUAAUAUUAACAUACCGACAGCUGUGUAAAUUUAAAUUAAACAGAGUAUACUGCAGUAAUUACACAAUUGCUAAAUUAAGUUGUGGAGACACAACAGUUAUGAAUACAUAUGGAUUGUUUGCUUUAGCCAUUGCUGUUGUUCCACCUAUGACUUUCAUAUUCUACUCAUAUGUGAGAAUAAUUUAUGUCUGUUUAAAAAAUUCAAAAGAUUUCAGGAGAAAAGCUCUGCAGACCUGCUUCCCACAUCUUUGCAUUUUAACUACUUUCUCUUGUACUGCAUGUUUUGAAGUGAUUAACAGCAGGUUUGAAGGAAAUGUACCUCAUAUAUUUGCUAUGAUAAUGUCAGUUGAAAAUAUGGUCAUCUCUCCCCUACUCAAUCCUAUUGUAUAUGGACUAAAACUGCAGGAGAUAUCAAAGAGGAUUAAGAGACUGAUUUGGAAGAGAAAGAUGCACAUCUUUGCAGAUUGA